AUGAAUAACAAUAAUAAUAAUAGUAGAAGUAUGUUUAGGUUCGAGACUACUCGGUACAGUCGUAGUAGUAGCAACCGUUACUAUCUAGUGAUGACGAUAGUGACACUACUACUAUGUUGUCAUUAUCAUAUUUCACUAACAAAUGCACAACAACAACAAACUAUUCCUGAUGAUGAACGUAUACAAUAUGGACUACCACUACCACAAAAUCAGUCUCUCUGUGAUCAAGGACCAAACUACUCAUUUGCAAGAUUUGUUUGUCGAAACAGCACAUUUGAUGGACAAUAUCGUAUCGUUGAAGUGUAUUUCAAAUCAUAUAAUUUUACAGAUGGUGGCAACCCAUCAACUUCUUUGACGACAUUAUCGAUGCCUGCUCUAAGAUUUGUCAAUUUCAAUAUUGGUCAAGGAGGUGUUAUCAAUCGGUCAAUCAAUCUGUUAGAGUUGCUUAAAUCUGCUAAAAGGUUAUACCAAGUUCUAAUAUCCAAUGAUACAUCGAUCAGUUACAUUCCAAACGAUUUUAAUAACUUUCCCGAUCUUAUGAAUUUGGGCAUAACCCUCGACCAACCAUUAAGUGUACCUCGUACAUUUUUAAACAACUCUGUCAGUAUUCAAUCAAUCGAUAUUCGAUUGCCAGUUUCAUCGAUUACGAUAGACGAUUCUCUCUUCUUUCCUUCUCUCCUUUCCUAUGAGUUUUAUUCCAAUUGUACCUAUGGAUCACAUCGUAUCAAUGUAACCGCUCGAUCAUUUCCAAAGCUCUUUGAGUUACUAAUAAUAAUAAUCAUUCUACUUAGAUUCAUCACCAUUCUUCCAGGAUCAAAUACCACUGUCUACUUUAAUCCAAAAGAUACCAAAAUACCUUCGAACCAAAGACCGGUAGUAGCGAUCACUGGAUAUCAAUCGACAGUAUUCCCAUAUCCUGGUGGUUCUAGUUCUUCAUUAUAUUUGCAUCUUGAUAAUAACUUUAACUUCAAUGGCCCCAUUACUGAACCAUUUUGUGGCAUAACUGAUUUGGACAUCCGAAACACUUCAGUUACAUUACUUCCAGAUUGUGUCUGGUGUUACAAGGAUCCUUCAGAGAGUCAUGUUGUCAAAACAGAUUUAGUGGUACCUCCGGGUUUUAGUUGUAAUGUUACCAAUCAGAAUAUUGCUAAUAUUAAAGGUAACAACAUUGGAUAUGGAUAUAGACAAUCAAAUUAUUCUAUCGUCCCAGUAAUACCAAACAAAGAUUUGGCAUUUGCAUAUUUGGGGGGUUCAACAAUACCAUCUAUUCCAACUCAAGUUACAAUCAAUUUGAAUCCACACAUCGUUCAGAUGAUGAUGGUCAAUGGUGAUAUCACUAUUGGACAACUGACUAGUUUACAAAUCAAAAACAACAUCACCUUCAAUUUGAUUUUGCUAUUUAACUCAUAUUUUAAUCACACAGUGACAAUUGAUAAUCAAAAUAGUGUUGCAUGUACCAAUCUAACAAAUACUUCUUCAACCCAAUUUCAAUGUACAACACCUCUUUUAUCGAGUGGAGAUCAUCAAUUAAUAGUUUCAAACUCAUACACAGCUUCACAAAAGUCAUUUACAUUUUAUUCAUUUGCCUAUCUCUGUCAACAAUCAACCAACAAUUGUCAUGGGAAUGGAAAAUGUGAUGUUGAUGGUAUAUGUUUAUGUAAUAGUAAUUCAUUUUAUAAUAAUUGUUCAAAACCAUACCCAAUUAUCAGUUCAGGAAAUUAUAACUCAACAAACAAUAAGAAUGUUGAGUUGAAUGGUGAUUUUGGUCCAUCCCUCAUUUCAAAUGUAUCAAUCAUGAUUAACAAUACAAUCGAAUGUGUUGUUGAAUCAGUAUCACAAUUCCAAAUCAAUUGUAUACUUGAUCAACAACCAUCAUUUGGAUUAGCUUCUGUUCAACUGAAAUUGAAUAAUCAUUUAAAUACAAUGGCAAAAGAUAUAUUAAAUCUUCAAUCUCCGUCACAACCAUCACAACCAAUAUCAAAAUCAGAAUGUGAAAAGAUUACAUUUAAUUGUUAUGGUCAUGGAUAUUGUGAUGAUAAUGGCAAAUGUCAAUGUCAAGAUGGUUACAGUGUUAUUGAUAAUUGCUUGACAAAAUAUAUCAACACAACAAUCACACCCAAUACAACCGAUCCAACAGUAUCAUUUGAUGUUGAUGGACUUGACUUUGAUUUUCUAUUUGAAAUAUUUUCAGUUCAAGAAUUGGAUUUAGAUGAUCAAGUUAUCAAGGAGCUAUUUAUAUCCAAUUACACUUGGAAUGUAAAUGCAUCCACCAUCAAUAAUAAUCAAACCACUAUUAUCAACUAUCAAUUGAAUACUACUUUAUCCUCUUCAACAUCAUACCAACCAGCCCAAGUACAAUCAACAAUAUCAUUCUCUACACUUGCAAGAACGGUUGAAUUUGGAGGACAACAACUAUUAAUCAACCCCAACUCUAUCAAACUAGAGGUCAAUAUCAGCAAAUGUUAUGAUUCAUUAUCAUCGUUGCAAUAUCUCAGAGUAGUCAAAGACGGUAUCCAAUUCAACGGUCGAUUCAUUGAUGUUGCAAUGUCUGAUGGAAGACCAACCUAUUCACCAACUCAACUCAUAUCAUCAACACCGAUCAACGAUGAACAAUCAAUUGUCAAGAUUGGAAUUCUAUUUCCACAAUGUCAAGAGUGUAUCCUCGAUCCAGAUUUCAGUGCAUUGAUUGUAGACACCAACAAUAGUGGUAGUCAAUGUGACAAUGAAGAUUCAAACGAUAGAUGGAAGAUGAUUACUGGAAUAGUUGUUGGAAUAGUUGGAGCUGUAGUUUUAUCAAUCAUCGCCUUUUAUGGUAUUAAGAGAUUUAAGAGACACUUGAUAUUAAAUCGUGAAUCAAUCUCCAUGUCAAAAUUAGAUAAUCAAUAA